AUACCUGAGGAUUCUCUGUAGGGUAACGUUGUUCUCUUUCAUUUUGUUAUGCGUCAAGUUACAGGUCAAUUGAAAUGAUGAUAAAAGUUUGUGAUUAUUAUUAACAGCAAACGAUAAUGAAGAAGGAUAUUGUCUUCACUGCGUAUUUUUGUUUAUGCAGCCGGCAAAUUUAAAAUAAUUCUACGUAACAGCUAGUAACAUUGAGAUAACGCUAUCGUACAUCAAACCAUCAAACCACUUGCAGGAAGUUGAAUACCAUUACAGGCAUCUGGCAACCCUAGAUCUGUGAGGAAAUCGAACGAAAAAAAAAACAGAGAACGGAAACUGUCCUAUUCGUCUUCGCUGCUUCAUUGGUCUUCCAACGCAUUAUCCUGCAUCCUGUCAUUACACUUUAGUUAAGCCGCCUUUCAGGCGUGGAAUAAGUUCGCUCGGAUUUAAUUCUGCCAUUUACGCUAAUUGCAAAUAAUAUGCGACUGAUAUGGAAUAUUGCAGCAUUUGGGUAGCAAAGAAUUUGUUGUGUCUUUGAAACUCUGACGUCAGCUGGCACCUCGUGUUGCCACUCCGUGAAAGAUUUCGCUGGAAUUCCGGGUUUCUUCGGAAAGCAAAUUCUGGAUACGCAGUCACAGUGAGAAUUGUCAUGGAGACUUCUAAGGACAAUUCAGAAUCUUCUGAAGAUCAGACAGAAAAUGAUGAUAAAAAGAAUCCCAAUGACCUCUUCGAGCUGUUGGAAAAACUCACAACCAAUCGCUUGGAUGAUCAGAGAUGUGCCCUUCCUCUUCUGCUUCAGAGCCCUGGUGCACAACAAAAAAUGAAGAAAGAAAAUGACUUUUUAGAGGAGAUGUUGAAAAAAUCUGGUCCAUACCCUCUAAUUGUGUUACCUCCUGGUGGUGGGUAUUGGAUUGAUGGUGUUCAUCAUAAUUGUCCUUUAGACAGUCAAGGAAAUCCUAUUAUACCAAAACAUGAAUUUUCUACUAAAAUAGAGAGAGAUGAAACUGCUCAAUUGUACAGAAAGUUUUUUUAUGGAAAGGAACAUUUUAAUUUUAUUGCCCUUGAUGAUACCUGGGGUCCACUGGUCAUGUCGCUCAAAGUAGAUGUUGUCUCUAGUCAAGAACAAUUGAGAGUCCUUAUCAGAACCAAAGAUGGACUUUUGCAUGAUGUAUUUCACAUUGGUCACACUCCUACAAAUUUCUUAAGUCCAGUACAAAUAUCAAAGAUUAUGUGUGAAGAUAUUACAACAGAAAAAUUCACCCCUGUCAUAUUUCCUCGAGCUUCUGAAAUGCUUAUGGCAUAUGAUGAACAUGUCCUAGUCAAUACUUUUAAAUUUGGUAUAAUUUAUCAAAAGUUUGGUCAAACAACUGAGGAAGAGUUAUUUGGGAAUAGGAAACACAGUCCUGCAAUGGAAGAAUUUCUUGAUGUUUUAGGAAAUAGAAUAAAGUUAAAAGAUUUUAAAGGUUUUCGUGGUGGUCUUGAUGCACACUAUGGACAAACAGGAGAAGAUUCUGUUUACACACAGUUUAAAAACUGUGAAAUAAUGUUUCAUGUUUCUACAUUAUUACCUUUUACAGAAGGAGAUUCACAACAGCUUCAAAGGAAACGUCAUAUAGGAAAUGAUAUUGUAGCUAUAGUCUUUCAAGAUUCCAAUACGCCUUUUCUUCCUUCCAUGAUUGCUUCUCACUUUUUACAUUCAUACAUUGUUGUUCAAGCUGUUGAUCCUCUAACGCCAAAUGUUAGAUAUAAAGUAUCUGUUACUGCUCGAGAAGGUGUUCCUGUUUUUGGUCCAAGCCUGCCUAAUCCUGCUGUCUUUGCAAAAAAUGAGGAAUUUAGAGAAUUUCUUCUUACGAAGCUUAUCAAUGCCGAAAUAGCUUGUUAUAAAGCUGAAAAAUUUUCAAAACUUGAAAAACGCACACGAAUAUCCUUGCUACAGUCAUUAUAUGACGAAGUUAGGUUAAAAACACAAGACUUCUGUGGUAUUAUUGGUGACAGUGGUAAAACAGAAAUCAAUGGAAACAGCAAUCGUUUUUUGGACUCUGUAAGGAAAGCAAUUACUAGUCGUGUGAGAAGUCACUCAGUUGAAACUAACUUGGCUAAUUCUGUGAUGAAUAAACGCUCAUCCUCAAGUACAAGUAAUAGCAGUUUAUCAUCCAUAGUUGCAGGAGAAGUCUCUCAAAAUGUUUCUAAAGUACCUAAAGAAACUUUACUCAAAAUAUCAUCUCCAAAUUCAGCUAGGAGCAGAGAAUUCCGAAAUCGUAGUUUAGAUUCACUUAAUUCUGGUGGUACACCCCAUUGGGUCAGGACCAACAGCAGUCCAGGUACUCCUAUUUCCAGUCCAGAUACUCCACCACCUCCUCAUUUCAAACCUCGACCAUCUGAAUCAGAUUCCUCUAGUGUUAAUAGCCUGGAGUUAGAGCAGGUUCAGAAUGGAACUGAUUUAAACACUGACUCUACAUAUAGCUCUGGUGAAACAAAUCCUUCUGCAUGUAUGCAGUGUGCAGAAAAUGAAAGUGUAGUCAGGCAAUUGGAAGUUCUCAAACAGGAACUGAACAAACUGAAAAGUGAUAAGCUAGAUCUGUUAAAACAUAAUUUGGCUUGCCAGAGAGAAAUAAAAAAGUUGAAAGAAAAAGAAGUAAAGUUAACAACAGACUUAUCUUUAGCUAAAAGAGAAAUGACUUACCUUCAUGUCCAGUUAGCUGAAGUGAGUGCCGGUGAUCGAUAUACAACCAUUUAAGAGUAUAAACUAUCAUUUCAAAGUAUUUUUUGUGAUAUGAAUAUUUUUAUUGCAACUUAAAAAUUAAUUGUUAAAUUUCUGCUCAUGUCAUUGAAUGUUUGAAGCAAUUUUUUGUGCUUUUGAGUAACAUAUCUAUUUGUCUGUCUGCAUUGUCUAAUAUCCUGAAUUUUGCAAUAGAAAAAAAAAAAGGCUCCAUUUUUAAUUCCAUUAAGCAUGAAAAAAAAAGCCUGUUUUGUAUAUUCACUUUUUACGAUAAUUGUUACAUUUAAAUAAUUGUUGUGUUUUAGUUUUUCAUAUAUUUCAAUCAUUUAUUAAAAAUUAUUAUUACGUUAUGUGCUUGAAAUUUGUAUUAGGCAAAUGAUCAAAUCAAAAAAGUGUUAUGUAGACAUGAAGUAGUAUCUCCCAAACUGCCUAAUUAAAGAUGGUAUGAGGGAAAAUGUAUUUAAUUUCAGCUAUUUGUGUUUUACAUAAAAGUAAAUGUUAUAAGAGUGGCAGAAUUUUGCAUAUAAUGUUGAUAUGGUUUAUCAGAAGUUCAAUUCAAUUUGCUUUUCAAAACUAUUAGUUGCUGUUCAGUUGACCUCUAGAAAUAAUUGUUAGAUUAAAUUUUUUGCAUAUUGCUGUUAAUGGUCAUGUUCUGCAAGGCCAUAUCUAUGUCACCCACUUAUGAAUAAUUAAAAGUUUUUAUGCCAUGUAAUGGCCCAUAAUAAGAUGUUUUCACGAACGGAUUCAGUACAAAUAUAUAUGUGCAUGCAUUAAGCUCUUGUACAUGUAAUUAUUGAGAGAGAAAACUAUUUAAUAAUCAAACACAUUAUUUUUCACUAGAAGUGCCCAUAUGUGCAUGUUGAGAGCUCGUAUUUAUAGUCUGAAACUAUGUUUAUGUAAAAUAAUAUAUAAAUCAAAAUAAUAUAAAUAAAAACUAGAGUUUUAAAAAAUGGAUCAUUUCAUAUUAAUUCAUGUGGCAGUCAUAAAAUUUACUGAAUUUGUUAUGUACAAAAAUAUUUUCACAAUGUCUAUUUUCUACUUCAUCUCUUUUUGCAGAUUAUUAAAAAUUUUUAAACUGAAACUUCUUAUAAAUUAAUAAAAAAAUUAACAUUUCAUUAUAUAAAAAAGAAUUAAGUAUCUGUGGUAAAUGCAACAAUUAAUUAAUUAUUCAGCACUAAAAUGCAGCAUUUUUAUACAAAGGUCUUAGGACGUGACAACCAAGAAUAGUAGAAAAUAGAAAUCAAUUUCUAAAGAAUCCCUGUUAAAUAAACUAAAGACUUGGGCAACUCAAUCCACAUAUUACCAUGAUAUUAAGAGUUAGACUAUAACUUAGAAGGAAAGAAUAAUUUCAUUACUGCUAUUGAAUAGAGUUUCACAGAUACAAAUUUUACGACUUUUAUUUUGACUUGCUCAUCUUUAGAAAUGUUCCUUUUGUUAAUUUAUUUUCAUUAACAUUACGAUUUAGAACCCUAAGUGUUAUAUACUGUGCUUGUGCAUGAAUGGUUGCAAACUUAAUAUGUGCUGGAGUAUAGGUGUUGUUGAUCCAUAGAGUUUCAGAUUCUUAAUCCAUUUUCCUAUAAUAAUAAUAUAGAGAAAGAAAAACCUUUUAAAAUUUAGAUUGAACAAGCCAGCAAUUUAAAAAUCUGAGUUUAGCAUCUGAAGCAUUGGUCUUAAGUGACAUCACAUGCACAUAUGUAAUUAAUUCACUUGUUAAACAACUUUAUGGUUUCAUUCAAAAUAUUUUUUUUUCUCCCGACAAAUCAAGGAAUCCGUAAACUUUUUAUACAGAUAGUUGUUAGAAUUAUUUUCACAUUUUUUAAUGCUAGAACUGCUUCCUUCCUUAUAACUAUUAUUGUAUACGGAUAAUUAAUGUAACAUGCUUUAAACUAAAUUUUGGUAUAAUUAAAAAAUACUCAGCAUCAAUGCAAUUUUGAAACUAUUUUAAAUCAUGUGAAACAUGGUGAUCAUCUUUUAACUCAAUUUAUUAAAAUUCAUUUGCAGCACAUUGUGCAGCUUCCUUCAUCCGUCAAAUUAAAAAAUCCUUUCAUUAUUUCACAUUUUGAAAAUUUCUGUUAUUUUAUUUAAGCAUUUAUUUCUUCAAUUUUCUAAAAUGAUGUCUAAUGCUUCAUCAUGCACAUAUAUAAAUAUUUUCUAAAUUUUAAAUUUGGUUUAAGGCAGCUUGCUAAAUAAUUUAUUUGAAGACGCUAAAAUGUAAAACAAAUUAAUAACUUCCCUUUCUGUUUGUAACCUUUUUCCCUUCUUAUUCCUUUCAUUUUUUAAAAAAAAUAUAGUCAAAAGAGUAAUGAAAUUGCUUUAUUUAUUGUUUAUAAAUUUAUGUCAAAACAAAUUUAUGAAAUGAAAUUAUAAUUUCAUAAAUUUAACAAAAAAUUUAUGAAAUUAUAAUUUUUUUUAAAUUUUCUUUUGUAUUAUGUAAUUAAUUUUUACAGUGAUGGCUGUUUUAUUAUUUUAAAUAAGCAAUUAGAAAAGUUAACUCAGGAAGUAGAUAGUUUUAUACACUACAAAUCUUAAUUUUUGAAUGAUUACUUAUGCAUAAUUCAUUAACAUUGUAUAUGUAUUAUUACUAAUGUUUAACAUAGUAUGUAUAAUUUAUUUUAUAUAUCUGAGUGAAGUCUCAUUAGAUGUAGAUACAAAAUUGAUUGUAAUCAAAGAUUGUGUGCAAAUAUUUUGGUGCAUAAAAUUAACUGAAUGUUGAGGCUCGAAGAUUAACUUACUGAGGCACUAAUUAAUUCUAGUAAAAUGUGUAAUAAUACCAAGGUUGCCCUUGUUUACUGCCAAUUUUGAAUAAUGGGGAAAUAUAUCCUACUUAUAUUUAGAAUUACAAUUUAUACUAAAUCACUUUUAUUGCUAAUUUUAAAUAAGAUAAUAAUUAUUAAAAUUAGGCAUAUUUCAUUGAAGUAUAUUUAAUGAGAUUGGUUAAAUGAUAAUAACGUUUAUAAAGUUUUGCCUGCAUGUAAUUGCUUAUAUGAGUUUUAAUUUUCAGUGAAAAGUAUCUACCAAUCAAAUGAUGAAUUUAGUCCAGUUGCACAGUUUCACAAGCCAACAUUAUAAAUAAAUUUUUUCUGACUCACACAUUAGUGUCAUGUAACAACAGAUUACGAAGAUACACGCAAGUCAGACAGAAUUUUGAUGAAUCACAAGGACUAAUGAUAUGAAACACUAUAUUUAAAUCUACGCUGUUGUAUUUACAUUACUUUUCAUUUUAAAAUAUUUGGUCCAAUAUAAAAUCCAUAUUUGUAUUCAAUAAUCAAUCUGUAGCAUUUAUCCAGGAUUGCUUUUAAUAAUAGUGUUAGAUGCAUGAGAUAUCCCAACUUUAACAGUAAUGUGUUAAUUUAAAAAAUGCUACUGUAUUUAAGAGAAUAACGUGGUCCUUUUUAAGAAAAAUCUUCCUUUUCCAACAAAAUUUUUGUAUUCAUUAUCAAUAGUUUUUCUUUUAUGAUUUGUAUCUUUGUAUUUAUUCUAAUUUUCAUUAAUUCCUAAUUUAACUAUGCAAAUAUUUUUCUUUAUGUGAAAUGAAUAUCAUGCUUUUAGUGUAACUUAGUAACAAGUGUAACUUAGUACACUUUUAGUGUGCCAUAAUAAAAGACAAACUGCUCACCCAUUUUAAAAUUACAGUUAAUUUUUGCAUGAACAUUUAGUACAUUAAAAUAUUUCUGCUAUAAAAUAACUUGUGGGCAUAAAAAGUAUUAUAUAUAUUAUUUUGCUAGAUACUUAUCAGAAAACAGUAUUUCUUUAUAGUGAAUUAAUUAUAAUGAUAAGAUAAAUUUUCUACAUUUUUUUUCUUCUCUUCCUUUCCUCGAAAAAGCAUGCAGAUAGCAAAAAGAAAUUUGUUUUUAAGUAAUAAUAAUACUAAUAAUAAUAAUAAAUAAACUUCUUUUUCCAAUACACUGGGGACUGUAGUUGUAUAUAGAUUUUAAUUAAUCAUAUUUGUAAUUUGCUGAACUUUUAUUUACCCGUGAAAUAGCAAAAUUUAUAUUUACAUUUACAUUUUGUGCAAUAUGUAUAGAGAAUUUUCUUCUGUGUGCUAUUAUUUUUUUUCCUCUCCUACAUUCAUAGAUUUAUCAAUUAUUAAAAUUGAAAGGUAUAAGAUUACUUACAAAUAUAUAGAUAUAUUUUACAUUCUAAGAAAACUUGUGUUAUGUGUAAGUAAGGAUGUUCAUUGAUGUUUGUAUAUGUUAAAACUAUCAUAAAUGGGACAUUCAAAAUCAUGCAAAUAUUGUGAAAAGGUGAGAGAACUUGAAUCUUUUCAAUCCUAACUUAUAAAGCCUUAAAUGUUUUAACUGAAAGCUUAUGAAAGAUUAGUUUUGUAGAUAUCCAUUUAUUUAUUGAAAGCACAACUGUAAUUCUUUUAGGAACCAAAUCGCAAGUAUGACUUGCUCUAAGUACCACAACUGUGGUAAAAAUGUUUUUUAAAAAAAUGUUACUCGAAGAUCCCCCUCCCUCCCACCUCAUAUCACACAGAGAAAAAAGGUUUCAAGAUUUGAGAGUUUUAUUAUGCAUUUUAUUUUCUGAAUUUAAAAAUAAAGGCAUGUUUUAAAACUGUAUUAUUAUAAACUUGGUUUUAUGUUAGUAUUUUGCUUCAACUAGAAACUUUUAAUAUCACUCUUUCCUUUUUAAUAUUCUUGUGAGAAGGUUUCGAGAACCUUUCAGGAUUUGAAUAUGAGAUAAUUUAGAAUUCUUCUCAUACCCUCUAUAAAGUAUUCACAAUAUCCAGUUUAGUUGAUUUUUCCAAUAUUUGCAGGCAGAGAAUACUCUGAAAUUCUGAAAUAUGUUAUAUUAAAAUUUUACCAUUAAUGUAGUCUUACAUAGUGUGGUUCAGAAAGUGAGUAUUUCAAAAUAUAAUUAGUUUUAAUGAGCAUCAAAAAUUUAAAUUCUUAGCAUUAAUGAACAUCAUAUUGAACAUUAAUGAAUGAUUGUCCUUUUGAAUCAAAUUUAAGUCAGUUAUACCAGACUGAUUAAUUGUUUACCAAUUUUGAACAGAUCUCAAGAUUACACCUGUCUUAUAUCUUUAUCCAAAUUAAAUUAGAAAUCUUAAUGACCUUUAGUGCAUCUAAAUUGAAAUGAAUAAUAGCUGUUAAGAUUUUUAUAAUAAAAGAUUAAGAUGAAAGAUUUUUAUAACUGUGUAGUUCCUAGAAGGAGAGUAACAAUUUUUUGGCUAUUCAAUUUCCAUAUUUAAAAAUUUUUUAUGAAGAGUUGAUAACUGUUAGAACAAUUUAUAUUUUAUUGAAAAAAUAUUCACUAUUUGCUCAUGUUAGUAGUUUCAGUGGUUACAGCAGUUUGCAAAUUUUAACGCUUCACUGAAUAACGUCUUUAUUAGAGUAAAUAUUAAAUUACUGAUGUUUGUCUCUUGAAAGUAAAACUUUAAUUCUGAAUUAUAUAUAUAAAUUUUCUUUUAAUGUUAUAUGCGAGAUUUAUAGAUUUUAUUAAUGCAUUUUUACAUCAAUACUCUGCAAUUUACAACAAUUCUCAUCUUUUCUGGAGUUUUAUGAUACUUUAAUGUAAAUCUGUAGUUCUGUAAUCGGAUGUAGGCUAGCUGUUGCAUUUAAUGUAUAUUUAAAUUCUUUGCUUUUAGUUUUAACACUUCCUUUUUGUGACACUGUUUAUUUCUAAUUUAAUUAAAAAUCAGUAUUGCAAUUUGCAGGGCAAUAAUAUAUACAAAGAAAAUUGUUGUUUUAUUUUCAAAUUUUAUUCCUGUCUCAUGUUUAUAUAUAUUUUCAUAAACGUCCACAUACUCAGCUGUGCAUAACAUUUGUCCAAAAUACUCAUACAAACAUUCAAAGUGUACAUGCCAUCAAAGUAUAAAAUCACUUUAGAUUCACAAAUCAAGCUUGCUCAAAACUCAAAUGUGCAUAAAUGUUCAAUAUAGCUGUUUUACAUCUAACUGUUUGCAUUAGAAAAGAUUUUAUGAAUGUUGAAGCAUGUUAUUGCUAUAGUACAAUAUGUCUUAUUGAAUUCUAUAUUUUCCUAGAAAUUUAAGAAAGACAUAGUUUUAUUUUGUGCAUGGUAAUAAAGCAAAUAAGAUUUAUAGCUUGUGGCUGUAUUUGUGAAUAAGUAGCCGUCUUCCGCACAUGUUGAUUUCUCAGUGUUGACUCAUUAGUAUUAUUGUAUAUAAAUAUAUAUAUUAUAGAGCUUCACAUGUACAGUAUUUUAUUAGUGUGUUUAAAGGUUGUAUUUUGUAAAAAAAUGUGCAGUUGAUUUUGUAUCCUUCAGUGCUGAUAAUAAACAUUUCUUAUUAGUGGA